UAGAGAAGCAGACGGCUGGAUGGAAAAGAAGAAGAAGAAGCUCUUCCUCCCCGAGUCAGCAGGUGCCAUGCGAAGCUCAACGGUCGUGCUGUUUGCUGCCUUCGUCGUGACCUGGCUUGGCUCGGCGUCGGCAGUGGUGGAGACACAGACGAAAGUGACCAGGCCUGCGCGAGCAGAAGGUGGACUACUGAGCUGGCCAGAAGACAGGAAGCUGAACGACAGGAGACUGACGCUGCCUGGUGACGCCGUCCCGAAGCCAACUCAUGGGGAUGCUACGACGUUGACCCAUGCGCAACAGGCGGGGUUCCACGCCCCUCUGGGGUCAUCCGGUUUGCGACCGGCUCCGGCGAUACCAGAGGGUGACGGCAGGCGCUCCUACCUCCUGGUGGCGGCACUUCUGGUAGUGGUCUUCGUGACGGCCAUGGUUGGGGGCAGCGCGCUUCGCCGCCGCUGGAGGAAAAGGAGGAGGUCGUCACCAGGCGCUCGAAGGUUCGCCGAAGUGCCUUAGACAUCAGACGUCGCACAAAAAAAAAAAAGAGAGCGGCGCAGAUGCAAUAAAACUUUGUGUG